AUGCUUAAGCUCCAUCGUGCUUUCAAAUUUGCCGGCACCGGUAAUCACCAUUUUCCCUGCAAAUUUUUCCGUUCAACUCCAUUUCUACACCAAGAAGAACUCAGUUCAAUCAACAAUGAAAACCCCACAAAUUCUUCAUCCCAAAAUCUUGAAGAACAGCUUCGGCAGCUCCGGAUUCUAUUUCAACAACGUCGUAUGGAAAAUGCAAAAGGAAUUUUGGGUACCCUUAUUCAUACAAGUUCAGUUUCUCAACUUUACUCUCUCUUUUCACCUUCCCCUGCAAAACCCCUUUUCUCAGAUUUGCUAUUUUCACUGUAUUUAGAGUCGAAACUCAUUAACCAAGCUGAAGAGCUUUAUUCAUUGAUAAGGGAAGAUAAAAAGUUUCCAUCUUUAUCAGCUCUCAAUGUGUUUCUUGAAUCUUUGAAUAGUUUAAGGAAGUAUAAAAAGACCCUUGAAGUUUUUUCUGAUGUAAUGAAGUGGGGUAUAAGGGUUGAUAAGACUAGUUAUGGAAAAGCUAUACUGUCGGCGGUGAAAAUUGGGGAUUUGGGUAAGGCUUUGGAGCUUUUGGAUUGUAUGAGAAAUGGUAGGGUGGGUAUGGAUAAGUUUGUGUAUAAUGUAGUGAUGGGUGGGUUGUGUAAAGAGAAGAGAGUUGUGGAAGCACGGAAACUGUUUGAUGAAAUGCUUGAGAGAAGAGUGGCGCGGGGUAUGGUGACGUAUAAUAUUCUUAUGGAUGGUUAUUGUAAGAUGGGGAACGUAGAGGAGGCUUUUGAGUUGAGGGAAAAGAUGAAGAAUGAUAAUGUGGAGCCUAAUAUUGUGACGUUUAAUACGUUGCUUAGUGGAGUUUGUAAGUCGGGGAAGAUGGAUGAAGCUAAUUGUAUAGUGGAGGAAAUGAAGGGUUAUGGAUUUGUACCUGAUGGGUUUACCUUUAGUAUACUUUUCGAUGGGCUUUCGCGAUGUGAUGAUGUUAAUUCCUCGUUAGCGUUGUAUGAAGAAGUCGUUAAGACAGGGGUGAAGUUGAAUGAGUAUACGAGUAGUGUUUUAUUGAAUGGCUUGUGCAAGAAAGGGAAGACGGAUAAGGCUGCAGAAAUUUUGAAGAAGAUGCUGGGAAAUGGGCUUACUCCUACAGAUGUGUUGUUUAAUACCAUUUUGAGUGGCUAUUGCAAAGAGGGCAAUAUGGAGAAGGCUUAUUUAACUAUUCACGAAAUGGAGAUUUCUGGGGUGAAGCCGAGUUGUGUCACAUUUAAUACUCUGAUCACGAAAUUCUGUGAAUUGGGUAUGAUGGAAGAGGCAAACGAGUGGUUAAGGAAAAUGCUUGAGAAGUCAGUUUCCCCUAAUGUGCAGACGUAUAACAUCUUAAUUGACGGAUAUGGGCGCAAGCGGGAAUUCGUGAGGUGUUUUGAGAUUCUCGAGGAGAUGGAAAAUAACGGAUUGAAUCCUAAUGUAAUUACCUAUGGUUCUCUAAUCAAUUCUUUGUGCAAGGAUGGUAGGCUUCUUGAAGCUGAUGUAGUCCUAAGUGAUAUGAUCAGUAGAGGGGUUAAACCAAAUGCGCAGGUCUAUAAUAUGCUUAUAGAUGGACAUUGUAUGAGAGGAAGGAUGACUGAUGCUUUUAGAUGUUUGGAGAAGAUGCUACAAAGUGAUGCGGAAACAACACUCGUUACAUACAAUACUCUAUUAAAUGGGCUUUGCAAAAAGGGUAAGACCAAAGAAGCUGAGGAGUUGGUUGUGGAUAUUCAACUCAAAGGUUUCAUUCCAGAUGUUAUCACAUAUAAUUCUUUAAUCUCUGGGUAUUCAGAUGCAGGGGACACUGAAAAGUGUUAUGAAAUGUAUGAGAAGAUGAAAACCUCUGGCAUAAAACCUACAAUCAACACAAUUCAUCCUCUAAUUAGAGUGUCUAAAAAGGGAAAGAAUGGACUGGUGUCAAUUGACAAAAUUGUUGAAGAAAUGUCUCAGAUGGAUCUUUCUCCUGACCGAGUUGUAUAUAACGAGCUCAUCCAUUGCUAUGCUCUACAUGGAGAAGUUCAAAAGUCACUUGCUAUGCACCGAGAGAUGGUGGAACGAGGAAUUCCUUCUGACAAAAGGACAUACAAUAGCUUGAUUAUGGUGCAUUUGAAAGAGGGAAAAUGUCAAGAAGCCAAGAAUCUUGUUGAUCAGAUGAAGGCUAACAGUAUCAUUCCGAAUGAUGAAACUUAUAAUAUUUUGGUUGAAGGGCAUUGCAAACUUAAAGAUUUUUCCGGUGCAUACAUUUGGUACAGAGAGAUGGUUGACAACGGUCUUAUCCCAGUAGCCAAUAUUUGUGGUGAGUUAUUAUCUGGCCUUCGAGAGGAAGGAAGAUUGGAAGAGACACAGAUUAUAUGUUCAGAAAUGAAUUCUGAAGGAAUUGAAGAAUGCAACACAAAUGAGGAUAUUUCUGCUGCUGUGAAAUCGUAGGAAAGAGAAGACAUUCCACUCCAGCUCUUUAGUUUAAAACUAUGGCAGCAAAUGAAAAGCUUGUAAUAUAUUCAAGAAUCAGUAUUAUUCUUGUUAAUUUAUUUCCUUGUUGACAUUCAUUUAUUCUCUUAUAUAAGAUGAGAUGGAUUUCAUAGUUUCAUAAG